CGGGUUGGAAAGGCCUGCUGCCGUGAGCUGGGGUCGCGUUGUUUUUCGGACAUGGCCUCGGAGGAGCCGGUCGAGGUGGUGACCUGCACCGCGCCGGUCAACAUCGCGGUCAUCAAGUACUGGGGAAAGCGAGAUGAGGAGCUGAUCCUGCCCAUCAACUCCUCUCUGAGCGUCACGUUGCACCAGGAUCAGUUAAAAACCACCACAACGGCCGCCAUCAGCAGGGACUUCACAGAGGACCGGAUUUGGCUGAACGGCCGGGAGGAGGACGUGGGGCAGCCGCGCCUCCAGGCCUGCCUGAGGGAGAUCCGUCGCCUGGCCCGCAAGCGGAGGAGCGUCGGCCACGAGGACCCGCUGCCCCUCAGCCUCAGCUACAAGGUGCACGUGGCCUCGGUGAACAACUUCCCCACGGCCGCGGGCCUGGCCUCCUCAGCGGCAGGCUACGCCUGCCUAGCCUACACCCUGGCCCGGGUCUAUGGCGUGGAGAGCGACCUGUCGGAAGUGGCCCGCAGGGGCUCGGGCAGCGCCUGCCGCAGCCUGUAUGGUGGCUUCGUGGAGUGGCAGAUGGGGCAGCGGGCCGACGGGAAGGACAGCGUCGCCCGUCAGGUGGCCCCCGAGUCACACUGGCCGGAGCUCCGUGUCCUCAUCCUCGUGGUGAGCACCGAGAGGAAGCCGACGGGCAGCACGGCGGGCAUGCAGACCAGCGUGGAGACCAGCGCGCUGCUCAGGUUCCGGGCCGAGGCGCUGGUGCCGGCACGCAUGGCCGAGAUGAGCCGCUGCGUCAGGGAGCGCGACUUCCAGGCCUUCGGCCAGUUGACCAUGAAAGACAGCAACCAGUUCCACGCCACCUGCCUGGACACCUUCCCGCCCAUCUCCUACCUCAGCGACACGUCGCGGCGGGUCAUCCGCCUGGUGCACUGCUUCAACGCGCACCACGGCCGGACCAAGGUGGCAUACACGUUUGACGCGGGUGCCAACGCUGUGAUCUUCACCCUGGACGACACUGUGGCCGAGUUUGUGGCUGCCGUGAGGCACAGCUUCCCCCCCGAGCUGAACGGAGACAAGUUUCUGAAGGGGCUGCCCGUGGAGCCGGUCCCGCUCUCGGAUGAGCUUAAGGCUGCGCUGGGUGCGGACCCCACCCCCGGCGGCGUCAAAUACAUCAUUGCCACGCAGGUGGGACCCGGGCCUCAGGUCCUGAAUGACCCUGGCGCUCACCUCCUGGGUCCCGAUGGUCUGCCGAAGCCAGUCGCCUGACCGCCUCCUCGACGGAGCCCUGGCCGCCGCUGGGAGAAGGGGCCGCUUUGCUGGGACUGGGAGCCGGGUGUGGCAGCUGCCCGGCCGUGCUCGUUGGGAUUUGUGGGUGGCCGCCUGGCUCCGGGCCGGGCAGUGUGCUGUGGCCGAGUUGGACAGUGGAAUGAUGCCUGCAGGUGCCCAGGCGGUCAGGAGCAGGGGCCCCCCAGGUGCCUCACCUUUCCCCGACCUGCACCCAGCACCUUGCUGAGAUGGGAGCUUGCUCCCAGAUCCAAGCACUGGGGGACCGAGCCGGCCAGUGGGGAGCUGCCGGUGCAUCGCCAAUAAAGGGCUCUGGCCCUGAACUCGGGGGUCACUCCCACUGCCCCUAACAGCAGCUUGACCACUGGAGAUGAAGGCGUGUCAGGGGUCCCCCCUCAGAGCUGGAGCACGGGCCACCGCACAGGGUACAACCUCAGGACACCCCCGUGAAGUGCUCCGCCUGACCCUGAGCCCAGGCCCCCGAGUGGGUACAGGGUGUCUUCCCAAAAAGACCAGUGUUGUGUCUGAGGGGACGGGGAGCAGCGCCAAGGCCGCAGUAAAGGCAGUUCAAGGACUCUG